UUUUCAAGCAGUCACACAGGUGGUGAGAUAAGCUUGUGGAUCUAGUGUUGUUGAAGAUUUUAGUCAAAUGCACACUGUCACAGACUGGAUCAUGGAUCAUGUGAAGAGACGGAAACAAGUAGUUUAAAAUCUACUAUCUGCCUCAAGUUUAAGGAAAAGUUUUAUCGACACUCGACUUAAUCGAGCACUCAAUAGGUAUUACGUAAUAACGCCAGAAGAAGAAGAGAGGCGGACUCUAAGGAAACACGUGAUCGUCAGCAACGGGCUGUUAGACUAAGAACACGUGAUCCCGGCAGACGCCUGGCAAGUAUUGGAUCUUGAUGGAACCAGAAAAAACGAGCAGGAUAGAGGGUAGCGCACCUAGCACCAGACGGGUGACAUGGCAACGAGGGCAUCACCUGUCGAUAGACCAAUACAAACGGCUCACAGAUCCCACGCAUGCGCAGUCCCGGCAUUCGAACGACUCGAGAGUUCUUCCCACACGAAGGAACUCCGAGCCCGGCAUAAGGCAUUCAGCCAAUAAAUUGAAAUCAUUAGCACUUGGUCAACAAUCCGUCACCGAACACUUCGGCCGUCAAGCGGAUGCCAGUCGAGACAAUGUCGCGAACCAGUCCGAAAGCCCUCGACAAAAUAUCGUGGAUACAAUUCCCUUGGAGGGUAGUGCAAAUGCUGUAAUUAUUGAAGAAGAGGAAGUAGCGCCUCCGCCCCCAUACUCAUCUCUUCAUUCGCAGCUUGAGAACACCGCAGGCGGUGACACAUCUUCGCCUUAUGAUAAUAACAGGCCACUUUACUCGGAUGCUCCUCCGAGCUACUCGGAGCUGUUUAGCCAAUCUGUGAGAAUGAGGGCAAGGCAGCUUUCCGUGGUGUCUACCAGGGCGGAGCAGUACAUAAAUGAGUCCAAGUGGAAGAAAGUCGUCCUCAGUUUCGGUGCUGUUGCAGCUGUUGCAUUAUUCGCAGUAGCUCUCCCGAUUUGCAUGAUUACCAUAGGUGUCAGAAAUAUCGACAACUGCCCCGCUGAGCCAAACGUCCCGAUCUUCCUCAUCGUAGGGGGUGUCAUCCAGGCUCUAGAAUGUUCGAUAUGUUUGACACGCUGUGUGGGAAUGCGUGACACCCAGCGCCAGCAGGACGAGGCUGGCAAUAACAGGCGGCGCAAGAGAUGGGAUCCGUGUCUCUACCUUGCCAUUAUUUGCUUUAUCUUAAGUAGUAUCUAUGUAUUCAAGGCAGAGCCCGUAUUUGAUCAUCGUGAUGUAGUUGCCGGUCAAGGCAUUGAAAAGUUGUACUGCGAUAAGACUGCGUUUUCUCUUGCAUUUUGGUUGAUUGGAUGUUACUAUAUGAUAUUCGUAUUUAGUUUCGGGCUCAUGUUAGUGGCGAUCAUGAUUGGUGCUGUCUUUGCUUACAGAGAUCAGCAGACGACUUCAGUUAGGUUUAAUGCACAUAUGUCAUCCAGCUAUAACUCCGCCAUGGUUGAGUGACGGACGUAGACACCCUCGUUACACACCCCACUUAUUUCUAGACACAUUGGUAUCACAGUAUAUCAAAUCGAGACACAUCGCGUGAUUAAAUUGUUUCACUUUAUUACAUAUAUGUGUUGACUGCCAUGUUAGAGUGACGGACGUAGACACCCUCGUUACACACCCCACUUAUUUCUAGACAAUUGUAAAUACAGUAUAUCAAACCUAGUCACAUCGCGUGAUUAAAUUGUAUCACUUCAUAACGUAUAUGUGUUGACUAUUUGUUAGGGUCACACAAGGGCUGUAGGAUAGGUAGAGCAGACAAUGCCUCGAUCAUAACGAAAAUACUUAACCUAAAACCACAGGCUUACCAUCGCACGCCGGGGUUAGUUCACAGAAGAGCGGAUCUUAAUUUUUAGAAUAAAUGUCAAAUAAACACCCAUUGCGUUGGUUUUUAUAUCUUGAGGGAGAACAGUCGAGCAAGGGGAUAUCGCAAACAAGAUAAUGAAUUGUUUAUUUGAUCUUUAUUCUAUGAUAAAAAAAAUGAGAUCUGUUGUUUGGUGAACUGCCUGUACUAGAAUGCGAAAUGUUUCACUUUGAAAUGCAGGCUACAUAUUUUGAGAAGUCUCUUGUUAGAGAUGAUUCACCUCAACUGGUUGAAUUUCCAUUGCACUUUAUUACAAAAUUGACAAAUGUAUGCAUAUAUUUCUCCAUAAGUGUUAUUUGAGAAAAGGCCGAAAAUAUUUUUUUGUGCGUCUUUUAUUUAGGAAAAGUACAUACGGUAUAGUGUGACAAUCUAAGUACAUUUCAUAUUGCGUGACCACUAGAACUAUUCAAGUGGGUCUCAUUUCCGUUUUAAUUCACAAGCUUGGAUGUCCAAGCAAGUGUUCGCUUCCAAAUAAGGUAAAUUUGAGAAUUACAGAUAAAAGAUCGCAAAAUUCAUAGCCUAUUUGCACGCUUUGCUUAUAAAUGUUAUCCCCGGGAAUAGUUUAUUAUUAUCUAAUCUAACAGACUAGUGAAGCUUGAUAAAGCUUGGAUAAAGCCUAGCAAUAAAAAGACGUAUCAUACCAUUGUGCUGUAACAGACACGUCAGAAGUCUAGCUUCACUAUUAAAAGCAUUUCCACACGA